CAGAUAGAGGCAUCACUGUUAGCUGAGCUCUCACAGGCUGGACAGGACAUUACUGGGACUUACAACCAGACUCUUUAUUUCAUCUUGGAAGCUGAGCACCAAGAGCAAGAUUUUUUUUUUGUACUGGGCAAUUCAUUAGGAUACUCUCACCCACACCAAGGAUUCCAUAUGGAGUCCAUGACUAUAAAACUAGUAUUUGUAAUGGCACUCUUCAUGGCAACCUCCCAGGCUGAUUUCCACAUGACCCUGGAACCUGAACAGAGGGAGAUCUCACUCCAGAUGGGGGAGACAUUCCAAUUCUUAUGUGAAGCAUUUGACUGUCCCAAUCCCACCUUUAACUGGGGUACCUUGAUGGAUAAAACAUUAAGUGGUACUGUAAACACUGAAGGCAGCAGGUCUACCCUAACCAUGCAGGUCAGCUAUGAGAGUGAAGGCACUUACCGGUGUAAAGUAUUCUGCAAUCAACACAAACAAGAAAAAUAUUUCAAAAUCAGCGUCUACUCUUUGCCAAGUGAUCCCAUUCUACACAUCUCAUCCCUUGUGGCUGAGGUUCAGUCCAGUAUCAUCUGCACCGUACACCUUGUGUUCCCCUCUGAAAUGCUGAGUUUGAGGUUACUGAAGGACAGUGAAGAAGUGGUGGCAGAAUAUGGCUCACUAUCAGUGGAGAUAUAUCAAGAUUUAAGAAAUGUUAGCCUUUCAUAUGACUGGAUACCUCAUGUGGAAGAUGACGGCUCGGUAAUUUUGUGUGAAGCAGAAAUCUCAUUCGUGGAUGAAGGGAUCAAACCAAUAACCAGAGCUACAAAUGCAAUUCUCAGUGUUGCCUACCCUCCUUCAAAUCCCAAUAUCACUGUCCUACCUUCCAAAAGUGUUAGAGCUGGUGAAAAUAUCUCUCUGGGAUGUUUGGCUGAAAGUCAUACACAGGCAACUGUGCGGUGGGUAAAAGAGUCUGCGAAUGUGGCGUUACCAUCAGAAAAUGGGAACCUGGAAAUAACUGGAGUACAGCCACAAGACUCUGGGAAGUACAUCUGCUAUGUAGAGAAUGAAGCUGGGAGAAACUCUGCCUCUGUAGUGAUAACUGUACAAGGUGUUCCAAUUGAACCCGAGAUCUCCAUUCUACCAGCAACUACAGUGAUUCAAGGCCAAGCAGUUACAAUUGAAUGUGUGGGGCAUAGAGACAGUGAUACUCAGGUGACUUUGUGGAAAGAAACCCUUAUGUUGAGCACUGACGGGAUUGCGCAUAUAGAGAGAGCAGAUCCCAUGGAUACAGCAAUGUACAAAUGCAAAGCAUCAAAUCAGUAUGGAGACACAGAGGCAAUGGAAUUCCUGACUGUGCAGUUUCCACCUAAAAACACAAGACUCACCAUUACACCCUCCGAACUGGUGAAAGAAGGGGAUCAAGUAAUUAUCCAAUGUAUCUCAGAAGCAUUUCCUGCUCCCACAUUGAUCCUCGAGACAGAAUAUGGUCAGGUGGAGCUGGAAGCUACAAAUGGGAAGCACAUUAUUAUCUCUGCCACAGUGGAACAUUCAGGAACAUAUACCUGCAAAUCCAUUAACUCAGUUGGAAAAGAAGUGGCAGAGCUCAGUCUCAUUGUGCAAGGACCUCCACAAAAUACCACAAUUCUCGUAAAGCCAUCCAAAAAUGUAACUGAAGGUGACACUGUGACCAUUACCUGUGAGACACAAUCCACCCCAUUUCCAACAAUUUUACUGAAGAAGAUGUGCCCUGGCAACAGUACAAUACAGCAAGCAGAGAACGGCACCUUCAUCUUGCCCAAUGUCACACGCAAUGACACCGGAACCUAUGUUGUCAGCAUAAUAAAUGAAGCAGGAAACAAGACUGAGGUGAUAGAGAUCAAUGUGCAAGCUCGAUAUCAAAGCCCUCAAAAUAGAUUUGCAAUUCCGAUUAUAGCAACAUCUUUAUGUGCAGUGGCAGCUGUUGUCAUCGGACUGAUUGUUUAUCACAUGAAACAAGCACAGCUACAGGGGUCAUACAGCCUAGUGAAGGCUCUGAGGAGCAGAGUUUGAGCUAAAAUCCCUGGUAAAAGUUUUAGCUAUCAGUGGUAGCAACAACAAGUAGCAUCAUUCUGUACUUCACUGUCUGCAUCUGUUAGUGGAUCUAAGGCCUAAGAUGAAGACAGGUCCAGUUUCACUUUUGAAAACUUGUCAUGGAAGAGCAAAGGUUUACUGAAAGGCAGCCACACUGCUUCUGCUGGACAGUUCCAUAUGUUUAGUAAUUGGCAUUACAAACAGAACCUUCUUUUGUUCACUAUGAAAUCAAGUCUAUCUUUCUGUGGGCCGCAGCAAAACUGAACUUGAACCAAAGAAGGAAAUUGAGAUGCAGCACUUCUAAAACUGUAACUGGAAAGAAAUUGUGUUAAAACCACUUACAUUUGCACUUAGUUUCAACUUGUAGAUUUUUUGUGUUGUAAUUAUUUUUUUUUGUGUGAGUGUUACAAUCUGUUCUUUACUUGCUAUCACACAGACACAAGUGUUUGUAAUGUACUUGUAAAAUCUUUAUGUUUGUCGUACUUUAAUGUGAUCUAUUUCGUGCUCUGAAUUUAAAUCUCCAAACCCUCCUCCUGUGAUGGGGAGCCUAUUAAAAGGGUCUUUUGUUGAGGUGGUGGAGGGGGUGGCUGUGUGGUGUGAAAGGUUUUGGAAAGAAUAAAACAGAAAUUAUGUCACCACAGAGAGAAAGUGUUCUUUAGAGCAGUCCAGAUUUGCAUAAUUGUGAUGCAUUUCUGAGCUUUCCUGAAAGCUUUGUACUAGCUCUCGUAAUGCCUUGAUAUUCACAAAGGGUGCAUUAUCCUCCAUCACAGUUAAUAGGAUCUUUUAUCUGGAGGACCUGUGGUUUUCUGGAUAAACGGUCUUUCCAUAAUGUGGUGAGUUACACCUUAAGGCUACUAAAAACAUUUAAACUAAACUUAAUUGAAUUGUUUGUUUAUAUAGAACUACUGUAUUUUGGAGGCUUCCAGAUAAUGGGUUUUCAGAUAAUACGUCCUAAAUCUGUAUAUUUUAUCUGCUACUUAACUGGUUAGCCUGCCUCAUAAUAAAGUGGACAGUAUGGACAUGGUACUAAUUUUACAAAUUCCUGCACAGAAUCAUGAAAAUACUGGCUGAAAAAAUCAUCAUCCAAAACAAGCCAUCACCCACAUACAAAUUUUGGCAGACUGCUUUAGGCUCUGUCAUAUUCCACUGAGAAACAAUUACAAAUGUUGGUGUGGUUUAUUUUUGUUCCUUAUUUAUUAUUCUAUUCACUCCCCGAUGUGAAAUACUGCAAUGGCAUAAUUUCUAUUAAAUAAAUCUGUAAGGUUAUUAUGAGGGGGCAAGGUGCAAAGAGUAAAAAUAACACAGUGCAGUGUCCCCCCCCAGCACAACAUGAACUUGACAUUUGUAAAUGAGCCCUUAUUUGUUCAUUCUCACACUUAAAAAAGUUGUGCUUGGGCCUUAUAUGAAACAUAUAGAUACAUAUGUGAACAGUGCCAGAUCUUUUAUACUGAAAUGCUUACAGGUUUAUAGUGAAUUUGUAGGAGAAUGUAUUUUUAUAACAUUAUAAGCACUACUGUAUAUGAUAGGAAAAUAAAUGGAAGGUUGAUAUUUUAUAUUAUUAUAAUGCUGGACAUUCUGAUAAUAAAUGUUUUCCCCUCUUUU